CCCUUUUUAUGUCUCAAACACUUUCUUAAAGCUCUGCACCACAACCUUCUUCAACUUGAACUCGAAGUAUGCGGUUUGUGUGAGAUCCAAAAGUCUAUGUUCCUUUAUUCAGUCUCAAUUUUCCAUCACAAUCUGCUUCUUCAAUUCUCCAAUUUCAAUAUUCUUAUUCUGCUUUGAAAUCCUAAGCACCACCCUUUGUUCGAUGUCUCUACUUAUUCGUUUUCUUUAGCAGAGUUAGUGAUUAUCGCCGCAGCAGAUCCUCCAAGAUUAGUUCUUUCCGCUGAUUCUUAGCUUAACGCCUUGUAACAAUUCACACUCCAACUUGAUCUGAGACUUUGGCCUUUUCAGCUACAUUUCAAGAUCUUCUCCAUUUCUUUUUGGUUUUUUUGGUUUUUUUUUUUGUUCCCUAUUUAGUUUUUUUAUAUUUUUCAUAUUCUAAUACUAUGAUAUCCUAGUACGUGUUUUUUAGUUUUUUAGUUGCAGUUGUUGUAUUCGCUGCUAAACUAUUCUAGGUCUCUUUUUUUGUUGAGCUCCGUUCAAGUUUGAAUUGAAAGUUUUCUCCUUUACUUCUUCAUUUUUUAUUUGGUUUUUCUUACUUUGCAUUUUGAGCGCCCCUUUUGAUCUGGGGGCGUUCUGGUGUUUGUGUGGUUCUCUGUUUUAGUGUUUUCUUUUCGGAGAUUUUGAAGUGGAAGUGGGAGUUUGGGUGAUCUGGGUUUUGAGUUGAGGUAAGGGGUUUGUUGGAUACACCUAUUGGCUUAAACCAUUUGAAGGGUUUUUAUGCUUUGUUGCGAAGAUGCUUCCUGAUCAGAGAAAAAAGUCAUCUGUAGAGGUGGACUUCUUUACUGAAUACGGUGAAGGGAGCAGAUACAGAAUAGAGGAAGUAAUUGGUAAAGGAAGCUAUGGUGUUGUCUGCUCUGCAUAUGAUACACACACUGGAGAAAAGGUUGCAAUAAAGAAAAUAAAUGACAUAUUUGAACAUGUUUCUGAUGCCACUCGCAUUCUUCGUGAGAUUAAGCUUCUUAGACUUUUACGCCAUCCAGAUAUUGUGGAGAUCAAACAUAUUCUGUUACCUCCUUCUAGAAGGGAAUUCAAGGAUAUAUAUGUUGUCUUCGAACUCAUGGAAUCUGAUUUACAUCAGGUCAUCAAAGCUAAUGAUGAUCUGACACCAGAGCAUUACCAGUUUUUUUUGUAUCAGCUUCUUCGAGGCAUGAAGUAUAUACAUACAGCAAAUGUUUUUCACCGUGAUCUAAAGCCAAAAAACAUUUUAGCAAAUGCUGACUGCAAACUGAAGAUUUGCGACUUUGGUCUUGCCAGAGUGGCUUUCAAUGAUACUCCAACUGCUAUUUUCUGGACAGAUUAUGUUGCAACCAGGUGGUAUAGGGCUCCUGAGUUGUGUGGAUCCUUUUUUUCCAAGUAUACACCAGCUAUAGACAUAUGGAGCAUUGGCUGCAUUUUUGCAGAACUUUUGACGGGAAAACCUCUUUUCCCUGGGAAGAAUGUUGUCCAUCAACUAGACCUUAUGACUGAUCUUCUUGGAACUCCAUCUCUUGAAGCCAUUGCUAGGGUACGAAAUGAGAAAGCUCGGAGAUAUUUGAGCAGCAUGCGAAAGAAGAAGCCUGUUCCUCUCUCGCAGAAGUUUCCUAAUGCAGACCCCCUUGCUCUUCGUUUGUUAGAAAAAAUGUUGGCAUUUGAGCCUAAGGAUCGGCCUACUGCUGAAGAGGCUCUAGCGGAUCCAUAUUUUAAAGGCCUGGCCAAGGUUGAGAGAGAACCAUCUGCUCAGCCAGUUACCAAGAUGGAGUUUGAAUUUGAGAGACGCCGGAUAACAAAGGAAGAUGUACGAGAGCUUAUAUACCGAGAGAUUCUGGAGUAUCAUCCAAAGAUGUUGAAGGAAUUUCUAGAGGGAUCAGAGCCAACAGGUUUCAUGUAUCCAAGUGCUGUGGACCACUUCAAGAAACAAUUUGCAUAUCUUGAGGAGCAUUACGGCAAAGGGGGGACUGUUACUCCCCCUGAGAGGCAACAUGCAUCAUUACCAAGACCUUGUGUAUUGUAUUCAGACCACUCAAUGCAGAAUACAUCUGAGGUUGCAGAUGACCUAUCCAAAUGUUGCAUCAAAGAAGUUGAGAAACAACCCAUAGAUAGCAGUAGUGCCAUCCCUAUGUCUCGACUUCCUUUACAAGCACCCCAAAAUAUUCAAGGUGUUGCUGCAAGGCCCGGAAAGGUUGUGGGUUCAGUAAUGCGUUACAACAACUGUGGGGUAGCCGGGACGGCCGAGGCUGAACAGCGUCGGGUGGUCAGGAAUCCAUCUGUUUCAGCUCAGUACGCAGCAUCGAGCUGUUCAUAUCCUAGGAGAAACUCAGGCUAUAAAAGUGAGAGGGGGACAGAGGAGGGUGGGAUUGAAGGUUCAAAUGGACUGCAGCCAAAGCCUCAAUACAUGGCAAGAAAAGUGGCUGCUGCUCAAGCUGGACCUGGUGGUCAGUGGUAUUGAUAAUGAAUUAUAUUGAAUCUAUGUGGCCAACGAGAGCCUUGUGUUGUGCCAUGAAACUCUGAUAAUACCCGAGUUUCUCGUGCUAUGCCUAAUGUUGAUCAUCUGAACUGAAAUUUCACAUUUGAAGUAACAAACAAAGGGGAAAGCUUAAGGGACUCAAAGUCCUAAUGUUGAAGUAUCUAGGGGAUGAUUUCUAAUUCACACAAUUUGCAUGGUCAAAUUUGAAAGGGUUCUCAUGAUCCAAUUGAUGAUUUUCUUGCACUCUAAUUUGCUAAUAAAAGAGUACACGAAAGAUCUGAAAAACCAUGAACUUGAAGGCAGACCGGUUGCUUCAUUGCAUAAUUGAAGUUGUUACUUUUACCCUAGUAUUAUUUGGGUACCAAUACCAAGAUAAUGUAUUUUCUUCUUUAAAAAAAAAAAAAAACUUAUAGCCAAACUGCCAAAGUCAUAUUCUCUCGUCUCUUUCUCUAUGGGGGUAUCUUUGGUGUUAGUAACUUAAUUAGGUGCAACAAAAGAAACGAAGUGUUGGUCCCCAAUGAAUGUUAACUCCUUGUUUCACAGGUUUGCUUACCGAAUUCCACGUGUGCAGUCUGAUAUUUCCCUGCAAGUAUUUUCCUCAGCCUAUGAAAAUCACAAGUGCUUGUCGUAUCUUAUUAUGGGUGAACGUGGGUACACACUUUUAUGUCGUUACACAGAAAACAACACACUAAUUCAUUCAAGAGAUAAGGAGGCGGUUUUCUAUGCAGGUCCUAUUUGGGGGAUGGAGGGGCUCAGUUCCUCUGUCAUUCAGACUUUAGCAUACAAAUGCAGCAAACUCGUUGCCCACAUCAUCAGAUGGCACUUUAACUCAUCAGUCUCAUUCAUGACAUCUUUUUUAGAUCACGCCCUUUAUUCGCCAAGAAGUCUUAAACCAAGACAAGAACAGUAAUAGAACAAGUAAGAGCAUGUUUGGUUUAUCAUCUAACUUGUGUAUGAAUUUUGAGACAAAAUCACAGUUCAAUGGAAAUUGAAUGUAAAAGGGGUUUUAGAUGU